CGCCGGCUCCCGGCGCCCAUGGCCCUGAGCAAGGGGCUGCGGCUGCUCGGGCGGCUGGAGGCGGCGGCGGGGGACAGCAGCGUCCUGCUGGAGGCGCGCGGCCGCGACGACGGCUUGCUCUUCGAGGCGGGCAUGGUGGCCACGCUGGCUCCGGAAGAGAAGGAAGUCAUCAGAGGAGACUAUGGCAAGCUCACAGACGCUUACGGCUGCUUGGGCGAGCUCAGGUUAAGAUCCGGUGGCACCCGCCUGAGCUUCCUGGUGCUGGUGACCGGCUGCACGUCGGUGGGCAGGAUUCCAGAAGCCGAAAUCUACAAAAUCACCGCCAUCGACUUCUACCCGCUGCAGGAGGAGGCCAAGGAGGAGGAGCGGCUGAGCGCCCUGCGGAAGAUCCUCAGCUCAGGGAUCUUCUACUUCGCCUGGCCCAACGAGGGCUCGCGCUUCGACCUGACGGUGCGGGCGCAGAGGCAGGGCGAGGACAGCGCCGACUGCGGCGACUCCUUCUUCUGGAACCAGCGGCUGCACGUGCCCCUGCGGCAGCACCAGGUGAGCUGCUGUGACUGGCUGCUGAAGGUCAUCUGCGGGGUGGUGACCGUCCGCACCGUGUACGCGUCGCACAAGCAGGCCAAGGCCUGCCUCAUCUCCCGCAUCGGCUGCGAACGCGCCGGCGCCCGCUUCCACAUCCGUGGCGUGAACGACGAUGGCCACGUGUCCAACUUUGUGGAGACAGAGCAGACGAUCUACAUGGAUGAUGGCGUGUCCUCCUUCGUCCAGGUCAGAGGCUCCGUCCCGCUGUUUUGGGAGCAGCCAGGCCUUCAGGUGGGCUCUCACCAUCUGAGACUCCACAGAGGCCUGGAAGCCAACGCCCCUGCUUUCGACAGGCACAUGGUGCUUCUGAAGGAGCAGUACGGGAAGCAGGUGGUCGUGAACUUGCUGGGGAGCAGAGGCGGAGAGGAGGUGCUCAACAGAGCCUUCAAGAAGUUGCUCUGGGCUUCCUGCCACGCCAGCGACACGCCUAUGAUCAAUUUUGACUUGCAUCAGUUUGCCAAAGGCGGGAAGCUAGAGAAGUUGGAGACUCUGCUGCGGCCGCAGCUGCAGCUGCACUGGGAGGACUUGGACGUGUUCACCAAGGGCAAGCAUGCGAGUCCACGUUUCCAGAAAGGCACUUUGCGGAUGAACUGUCUGGACUGCCUGGACCGAACCAACAUCGUGCAGAGCUUCAUCGCACUGGAGGUCCUCCAUCUGCAGCUCAAGAGUCUGGGGCUGAACUCCAAACCCAUCGCCGACCGCUUCACGGAGGCUUUCAAAGCCAUGUGGUCUCUGAACGGGCACAGCCUGAGCAAGGUGUUCACUGGCAGCAGGGCCCUGGAGGGCAAGGCCAAGGUGGGGAAGCUCAAGGACGGGGCCCGGUCCAUGUCGCGCACCAUCCAGUCCAGCUUCUUCGAUGGGGUGAGGCAGGAGGCCAUUCGGCUGCUGCUGGUCGGGGACGCCUGCGGCGAGGAGUCGGCGGACAAGGGGAGAAUGCUCUUGGACAACACGGCCCUGCUCAUGACACCCAGGAUUCUGAAAGCCAUGACAGAGCGGCAGUCGGAAUUCACAAACUUCAAACGGGUCCAGGUCGCCGUGGGGACCUGGAACGUGAACGGAGGGAAGCAGUUCCGCAGCAACCUGCUGGGCACCGCGGAGCUGGCAGCCUGGCUGCUCGACUCGCCCGGGCUCCCAGAAGCCGCCGAGGCCCCGGACGACAGCAGCCCGGCUGAUAUCUACGCCGUGGGGUUUGAAGAGAUGGUGGAGCUCAGUGCUGGGAACAUCGUCAAUGCCAGUACCACCAACAGGAAGAUGUGGGGUGAGCAACUUCAGAAAGCCAUCUCGCGCGCUCAUAGGUACAUUCUCCUGACCUCGGCACAGCUGGUGGGCGUCUGUCUGUACAUCUUUGUGCGUCCAUACCAUGUCCCGUUCAUCAGGGACGUGGCCAUCGACACGGUGAAGACCGGCAUGGGGGGCAAGGCAGGCAACAAAGGCGCCGUGGGCAUCCGCUUCCAGUUCCACAGCACCAGCUUCUGCUUCGUCUGCAGCCACCUGACGGCCGGGCAGUCGCAGGUGAAGGAGCGGAACGAAGACUACAGGGAGAUCACCCAGAAGCUCUGCUUCCCCACGGGCAGGAGCGUGUUUUCUCACGACUACGUGUUCUGGUGUGGCGACUUCAACUACCGCAUCGAUCUCACGUACGAGGAAGUCUUCUAUUUCGUUAAACGCCAAGACUGGAAGAAACUUCUGGAGUUUGAUCAGCUGCAGCUGCAGAAAUCAAGUGGGAAAAUCUUCAAAGACUUCCACGAAGGAGCCAUCACUUUCGGCCCCACCUACAAGUACGACGUGGGCUCCGCUGCGUACGACACGAGCGACAAGUGCCGCACCCCGGCCUGGACGGACAGGGUGCUGUGGUGGAGGAAGAAACACCCUACGGAUAAAACAGCUGGAGAACUGAACCUCCUGGACAGUGACCUGGACAGCAGCACCAAGGUCAGGCACACUUGGUCCCCCGGCGUCCUCAGGUACUACGGCCGUGCGGAGCUGCAAGCGUCUGACCACAGACCCGUGCUGGCGGUCGUGGAGGUGGAAGUGCAAGAAGUCGACGUGGGUGCUCGGGAGAGGGUUUUCCAGGAAGUGUCCUCUUUCCAGGGCCCCCUGGACGCCACCGUCGUCGUGAACCUGCAGUCGCCCACCCUGGAAGAGCAGAAGGAGUUUCCCGAGGACCUGCGCACAGAGCUCAUGCAGACCCUGGGGAACUAUGGGACGAUCGUCCUGGUCAGGAUCAACCAGGGCCAGAUGCUGGUGACUUUUGCCGACAGUCACUCGGCUCUCAGCGUGCUGGACGUGGACGGCGUGAAGGUGAAAGGCAGAGCUGUGAAGAUUCGACCAAAGACCAAGGACUGGCUGAAAGGCCUGCGAGAGGAGCUCGCUCGAAAACGUGACAGCCUGGCCCCCGUGUCCCCCACCGCCAAUUCCUGUCUGCUGGAGGAGAACUUCGACUUCACCAGUCUGGACUACGAGUCCGAAGGAGACGUCCUUGAAGACGACGAGGAGUACUUGGUGGAAGAGCUCGGGCAGCCUGUGGUCUCGGACGGCGAGCAGGGGGGAGAUGGCCCGGCUGAGGCCCCCAGCCCCACAGCAGCGGCCCCUCCCAGCAAGUCACCGGCGCUGACCAAGCAGAAGAAACAUCCCACGUACAAAGAUGACGCUGACCUGGCGCGGUUACAGCAGGAGCUGGAAGCUGUCGGGGACUUCCGCCACCGUUCUCCGAGCAGGUCCCUGUCGGUCCCCAAUAGGCCUCGGCCACCUCACCCACCGCAGAGACCCCCCCCUCCAACUGGUUUGAUGGUGAAGAAGUCGGCGUCGGAUGUGUCCAUCUCGUCCGGCACCCACGGACAGUAUUCUGUGUUGCAAUCAGCAAAGCUCCUGCCAGGAGCCCCUCAGCAGCCACCCAGCGCACGGACGGGGAUCAGUAAGCCCUACAACGUCAAGCAGAUCAAGACCACCAACGCCCAGGAGGCAGAAGCGGCGAUCCGCUGUCUCCUGGAAGCCAGAGGAGGCGCCCCAGAGGCAGCCCUGACUGCCGUGGCCAUGAGGGACCAGGGCUCCUCCAGACCAGAGCCCACACCUGCGACAGCCAAGCCGGACACCUCCCAGGCACCCCCGCUGCUGCCCCGUCGGCCCCCACCGAGAGUUCCUGCCAUCAAGAAGCCGACCUUGCGGAGGACGGGAAAGCCCCUGUCGCCCGAAGAACAGCUUGAGCAAGAAGCAGCCCGCUCCACAGUCGGGCCCCCGGAGACAAGCCUGGAAGCCCCUCCCCCGGGGACCGCCCCUCGAGUCCCCCCUGUUCCCAGACCGAGGACAUUUCAGCCUGGCAGAGCCGCGGAGAGGCCGCCCAGCGGUGGAAAGCCAGCACUGGGCACAGGCGGUCCUGUGGCAGGCGCCACCUUGCCGUCACCGCCCGAGGUUCCGUCUCUCGUGCCCAAGGUGCCCCCAAGGAGGAAGAAGUCCGCGCCGGCGGCCUUCCACCUGCAGGUCCUGCAGAGCAGCAGCCAGCUCCUCCAGGGCCUCACCAGUGACGCCAGCGGCCAUGACCAUGACCGUGACCGUCCGCCGGGACGCCAGCCUGAGGCCGACGCUCUCUUUCCCCAAGUGCAUUUCCUUGGCCUUUCCUCUGCCACGAGCCCCGAAACAGACGGUCCCGAAGUCAUGAAGCCAGAGGCAGCCUCCCUUCUGGGUGAGUAUCAGGACCCCUUCUGGAACCUUCUACACCAUCCUAAGCUGUUGAAUAAUGCCUGGAUUUCCAAGAGCUCCGGCCCUUGGGACUCAGAGGCCAGGAGCUCCGAAAGAGCUGACCCCGGCCCGGAGCUGCUGCCACACCAGGACCAGAACGCCUCCGGUCACUGGGUGGCCAUCAGUGACAGAGACAAGAGGAUGACGCUGCAGGCGUUUGACCCACUGGCAGAGACCUGACCCGGGAGCUCCGGAGGCGGCCCGUGUGGGACGGGCUCCCUUCGCCCCUGCAGGCAGCACUUCGCCAGGUCAGAAGAGACGGCUGUUUAGAGACACGCUGAAAACAAGACGUGUGUGUGUGUCACUCUCGUGUAGCUGACAAAAGUUGUGUGUCUCCUCCAAUAAGAUGAUUAUUCAGCCACCGAAAUACGAUCGACUCCGAAUGUGUACAUAAAAUGUUUGCUCUCGGGGGGAUGGGACCUGACGUUAGGUCCAGCGCGCGGAUUCUAGGGCAGGAAGUCAGGCUGGCGAGGUCCUAGGUGUUCUCUCGCAUUCGAUCUGUGAGUGUCUGAGGUGGGGGCUUUGGUUUCUGUCCCGUUAGUGUGUUCUGGAUUUGGAACAGCUUUGCGAUGGCCUCCCUGAAGGUUGAUGCGUAAAAUGUGGAUUACACGAAAGGUUGCUUGGGACCACGGACAGCGAUGCCUGGCCUGCUGAAGCCAACAUUCAAAAAGCCCAGAGUUAGAAGUGGCAGACAAGGCAUCCAAGUGACAGGACCAUGCAUCCCCGCGAGCGCGCGCGCGUGUGUGUGUGUGUGUCCCACAGGAGCCGGUGUCCCACACUGUCUGGUUACAGAGGACAUGCCUUGAGCUUCAGCCGGCUGGGGGUUCCUGUCCCAUAUCCUAGACCUGCGUGGUCCACACACUGUGACUGUCCGAGCUGCGGGGCGCUGCUUCUGUGUUUCUUACCUCCUAUCUUGUCCUCCUUAAACGAAACCUCCAGGAUUCAUUCCCCUAACAUUCUGUACCCUGUACAAGUGUAGCCUGGGUAAACUCACACUGCCACGUAACACGGAUGCCCACUGCUGUGGGAUGGAGAACGUGUUAGCCCCAUCCGCCUGGCUCGAGCUUCGGGAAGGAGCACGUGUCCCUCUACGCAGAAAUCCUCAGGGCAGUAUUUUUGGGUUUGUUCAGCUGUGCAUUUAUUAGGUUUUUAUUCUUAGACGUUUUCUUCACAUUUCCAACACCACUUCUCACCUGUUCAGCCAUUGAAAAAGAUACCCCCAUCCUGUUUCACAUAAAAACCAGGGUGGGGCAUGUUCGGUGCAGCAUUAGGCACCAGCCUGGGACAGACGCCUGCACCUUGGAGUGCCUGGGUCUGAGCCCCAGCUCCCUUUCAGAUUCCAGCUAACGUACAAGCUGGGAGGCGGCAGGUGACUGCUCAAGUACUGGGGUUCUUGCCACCCACACGGGAGACCCAGACAGAGUUCCUAGCUCCUGGCUUCAGCUUGGCCCAGUCCUGGUCAUUGUGGAUGUUCAGGCCAUGAGCCAGCAAAAGAGAUCUCUGUCUCCUUCUGUGUGUGUCUGCUUUUCAUAUAAAUUUAAAAAGAAAUAAUGAUAAUGUCAAAAGGCCUAGAAUCUAUUUGGAGCAUACAUUUUUUUUUAAUUUGCCAGAGUUAGACAGUGAGAGACACAGAAAGAAAGGUCUUCCUUCUGUUGGUUCACCCCCCAAAUGGGUGCUACGGCCAGUGCGCUGCGCCGAUCCGAAGCUGAGAGCCAGGUGCUUCCUCCUGGUCUCCCAUGUGGGUGCAGGGCCCAAGCACUUGGGCCAUCCUCCACUGCCUUCCUGGGCCACAGCAGAGAGCUGGACAGGAAGAGGAGCAACCAGGACUAGAACCUGGUGCCCAUAUGGGAUGCCGGCACUGCAGGUGGAGGAUUAACAAAGUGAGCCACAGUGCCAGCCCCUGGAGCAUAUAUGUUUUUACUAAUGUGGCAUUCCUGGGCAAAAUCUUACGGUGCCACCUACCAUAUCCCAGGAGGCCUGCAGCUCACAGAUGAUCCCAAUGGCUGUUCCCCAUGCUAACAUGAAUCUGGGGGAUUCCUGUCCUAAUGCUAACAGGAUGGCAACGAUCCUGCUGCCUGGGCUAAACUGCCUUCAUUAGCAAUUGGACCUCUGGGAUUUAGCAUGGGCUGUCAUUGUCAACUUAUAUUGCAGAUUACUGAAAUUCAGCACUCAAAGCAAAAACAAAACUGCAUGUAUCUCAUUUUAUCUGAAAACUGAUAAAAACAAGUGGCUCUGAGAGAUACCCAGAUGACACUUGCAGCUGGCCAGUCCUGAGAGAGGGCAUCGGGGGACCAGGGCGCCUUCUGUGCACUUUAUGUGAUUUUGGGGGGGUGAUGAACGUUGUCAUCUUUAACAGAGAAAGCAAAAAUGGGUUUCUCGGAGAAGUGAAACGAUUUGCCAAGAUGCACACCUCUGCUGAUCAGGAAUGGAAUUCAAGAUUUCUUCACUCAAAUGCCUGUUUUCCUGUAGCUGCUUUUUCUCCCACCAAAAAGGAGGCGGGUUUGAAAGCAAAUGCACGAAACAGCCCGUCCGGAAAGGAGGGAACAGGUAAGCCCUUCAAAAGCUGCCGGCGGUGCUGGAAACAGGCUGGGAGUUUCAGUUUCUCCUUUGUUCUAGAGAGCAAAUAGCAAAUCCGUGGCACCAAGGGCAGAAUUUCCAUUUAGAUGCUCGGCGCGCAGCACACAAGCAGCCGUGAAGAGGCUCCCAGUGAGGACUAGCACGGAAUGAUGCUGACCAGCUGAUGAGUAGGUUAGCAUUCGCUGGGAAGGAAAACUGCAAAGACCGGUGAUCAAUAGAAACUCCAUUAAUACUAUUGGAUCCCUUGUUCUGAAGUUGUAUGUGAUACCUGUGAAAUGUUCUUUUGUUAAAAUCAGACUGACCGCUUUUCAGAUAUAAAGAGACUUGAAAU